AUUAAGCCUGCCUUUAAAAAGUCUAAGAAGGAGAUCACUGACGUUCACAAAAAAGUGAAAACAAAUCUUUGAGUCUCAUCUACACAAGAUGGGCCCCGUAAAUGUUCUUGGACUGAUACUAUCCGUGAUGGCAGUGGAUAGUCAAACUAUUCUCGGUGGAGAUGGUCGAGUGGAUCACUGUCCAAUGAUUAAUACAGAGGGACUGGAGUUUCUGAUUAACUCAGCAGCCAGACAAGCUAUAACAUCUCAUUUAAACAUAAUGGAAGCCCAGAUCCUUAAACAUAAGACAGAACUGAAUAAUUUAAAGACAGAGACAGAUGUAACCAAGCAAAUGAAGAAUACGCAGGAUGCUAUUCAGGAAGAAACUGGAAAGCUAGAAGUCAGGCUAUUAAAUGGAAGCUCAUCAGGGGAAGGAGGAGAUGAUAUAUACAAGGACCAACUCUGGAGAACUGUUAAUUUGGAUUCUGAUGGUGUCAAUGUGAGCUAUAAACAUUCACUGGGAUUAAAGAGAAUGGACACGACUACUCUUUUGGGAGUGAUACUGACCACGAUAAAAGUGGAAAGUCAGAUCUUAUAUGGUGGACAUGAACCGAUGGGUACAUGUAACUGUCCAUUGACUAAUACAGAUGAACUAGAAGUCCUGUUUAACUCAGCAACCAGGAAAGUGAUAACGUCUCAUUUUAACAUGAUGGAGACUCAGCUGCUUAAAUAUAAGAUGGAGCUGGAUAAUUUUAAGAAAGAAAUCACAGAACAAACGAAGAAUACGCAGUGCACUGUUCCCGGCGGGGCUGGAAAACUAGGUUUACGACUUGUAAAUGGAAGUUCGUCAGGGGAAGGAAGGGUGGAGGUCUAUGAAGAUGGACACUGGGGAACAGUGUGUGUUGACAGCUGGGAUUCUAAUGAUGCCAAUGUGGUCUGUAGACAACUAUUUGGAUUAGAAAGGCAAGGUGUUGCAGUUUCAACUGCAGUAUUUGGAAAAGGAGAAGGAUCUGUCCAUUUAGAUUUACAAUGUAGUGGUGCUGAAACUGAUGUUCUUGACUGUCCUCAUUCAACCUCAGCCAACUGUACUCAUUCAGAAGAUGCCGGAGUCCUUUGUUUUCUCCCAAAUCGGCAUAUCAAGUUAUCAAAUGGAAAUGCUACAAACGAAGGCUUCAUUGAGGUGUUUAUCAAUGGGAAGUGGGGCGCUGUCUGUGAUCAAGUGUGGGAUAACGAUGAUGCCAAAGUCGCUUGCCGCUCCUUAGGGUAUUCUGGGGGUGUUGCGGUGAAUUCCUCGGUUUUUGGACCCGGCAAUGAAUACAUUUGGUUGGACGGCAUUAAUUGCAAUGGAAACGAGGGUUCUCUGUUACAGUGUACAGACUCAGUAACUGGUUCCAACGAGUGCAAUUCUGGAAGAAUCGUUGGAGUUGUAUGUUAUCCUACGAGAAAUGAUACAGUUAGAAUUGUUAAUGGUAGCUCUGCUGAAGAGGGUCGAGUUGAAGUUUUGAUUAAUGGCCAGUGGGGAAGUGUGUGUGAUAAUGGAUGGAGUAAAAGUGAUGCUGAUGUCACUUGUAAAAGUCUUGGAUAUGCAGGAGGUUUAUCCGUUUCAUCCUCUGUGUUUGGAGAAGGCAGUGGUCGGGCAUGGUUAGACAAUGUAAAUUGCAAUGCAAAUAAGAAGUCUCUCUUUGAGUGUACACAGUCAGUGAUUGGAUCAAGCACUUGUCGCUAUGGUAAUACAGCUGGAGUGAUUUGUUUCCACACAAGAAAAGAUUCAGUUAGGGUAGUUAAUGGUAGCACUGUUCAGGAGGGUCGUGUGGAGGUUUUGAUGAAUGGUCAAUGGCGAAGUAUUUGCGACAGAGGAUGGGGAAGCAAUGAUGCAAAAGUGACUUGCAAAAGUCUUGGAUAUUCAAGAGGCAUUCCUGUCGCAUCUUCGGUGUUUGGAGAGAGUCCUGCGCAGAUAUGGAUGUUUAACCGUGUGAGCUGUUGGGGGUUUGAACAGUCUCUGCUGCGCUGCACAAAAUCAAUAAUUGGGUCUGAUGUGUGUACUUCUAGUAGAAACGCUGGAGUUGUUUGUUACCAAAGAGGAAAGGAAACAGUGAGAAUUGUUAAUGGCAGUUCUGAGUAUGAAGGCCGAGUUGAAGUUCUGAUAAAUGAACAGUGGCAGAGUAUUUGCGAUAAAGGAUGGGAUAAAAAUGAUGCUGAUGUGACUUGUAAAAGUAUUGGAUAUUCUGGAGGUCUCGCAGUUUCUUCAUCUGUGUUUGGAGAGGGACCUGAAACAAUAUGGAUGUUGUCCAGUGGAAAUUGCUAUGGAGGCGAAUCUUCGAUAUUGGAAUGCACUUAUCUGUCAGUAAUUGCAGCUAACAGCUGUAGAAAUGGUGGACACGCUGGGGUCAUUUGUUACCACAUUGGAAAUGAUUCAGUCAGAAUAGUUAAUGGUAGCUCUGCAGAUGAGGGCCGGGUCGAGAUUUUAAUAAAUGGUGAAUGGCAGAAUGUUUGUGACAGAGGAUGGGACAAGAUGGCUGCUGAUGUCACUUGUAAACGUUUUGGUUAUUCAGGAGGACUCCCGGUCCUAUCUUCUCUGUUUGGAGAAGGCGAUGGUGAAAUAUGGUUAAAUGGUAUCAAUUGUAACGGAAGGGAAAAUUCCUUGCUGAAGUGUCGACAAUCUACAGUUGGAUCAAGCAGAUGUAGUGGUGGUUCCGCCGGAGUUGUUUGCUACCAUUCAAAAAAUGAAUUAGUGCGGAUGGUGAACGGUAGCUCUAUACAUGAAGGUCGAGUGGAGGUUCUCAUCAAUGGACAAUGGCGAAGUGUGUGCAACAAUCUGUGGGACGCAAAUGAUGCUUAUGUGACUUGUAGAGGAUUAGGGUAUUCAAGAGGAAUCCCGGCUUUAUCAAGUUCAUCCUCCGUUUUUGGAGACACAAGAGGACAAAUGGUUGUGAACAGCAUUAACUGUAAAGGAAAUGAAGAUUCUUUGAUGGAAUGUAUACGAUCCCUUAGUGAAUCCAACGUCUGUAACAAUGGUAGACACGCAGGAGUCGUUUAUUAUCACACAGCAAAUAACAUAAUCCGAAUAGAAAACGAAAAUUCUACAACGAAUAACAGCGUAGUCAAUCCAGAGGUACUUAUCAAAGGUAUUUGGAUUCGAUUUUGUAAAGACAAGUGGGCUGAUGCGGAAGCAAGGGUUAUCUGCAGAAGUCUUGGCUACUCUGGGUAAACUCUCUCUCUCUUUUGUUUCUCCCUCUGUUAUCUUUUGUCAUGUCCUUUUUCAUAGAUGUUUUAUUUAUUCUUUACAAAUUAAGUACCAUAAUCCCGUUCUGUAUCGGAGCAUACUAAAAGAAACUAGAGCUAUCAAUAUUUGUAUAGUUCCUGUCUCGCUAUCACAUUUUUAAUAUUUAUCAUUCACAU